AUGAUCUUUGGAGCGGUGUUGGCCGCCACGCAAGGAGCUCUCAGCUCUGCCUCUUCACUGAUUUUUAGGCAUCUCAUGGAUGCCCUCAUCAUCGGUGAAUUCGAGUGGGAUGCCGGCAUUUUCGACGAUUACGAGUUCACCCAACUCGCUAUGAAUGCCGUCUAUAGAUACACCCUUUUUGGCUUACUGCAGUUCACCCUUGGAUUUUUAUCGAUGUGUUGCUGGCAUACUGUAUGUGAGCGACAAGUUUACCAGAUUCGAAACCGUUUCUUUGCUUCUGUGAUACGACAGGACAUGGCAUGGUUCGAUCGAAAUGAGAGUGGAGCACUCACAACUCGGAUGAGCGAUGGCAUAGAUCGAAUUCGUGACGGUAUCGGCGACAAACUCGGUGCGAUGUUUGCUUAUGUGGCCACCUUCAUUGCCGGCAUAACAGUUGCG